AACCUAGUUUUAUGGAUAAAGAAGAGCACUGAGAAAUUUUACACCUCUUCGUAAGAAACUUUCCAAGGUUUUACUCCUCUCCUUCUUCGUUUUCACGUUUCAUUCUGUUCUGAAAUUAGGGUUUAAGGUUUCUCUCUUCUAAUCAACGACAAUGGAGGACGUUAUUGAUGGAGUAACUAACCUCAACAUCAACGAUUCACACAAGAAGAAUCGGAUUCAAGUCUCUAAUACUAAAAAACCCCUCUUCUUCUAUGUUAAUCUUGCCAAGAGAUACAUGCAACAGCACAAUGAGGUGGAGCUUUCUGCUCUUGGAAUGGCAAUUGCAACUGUUGUCACAAUUGCGGAGAUCCUUAAAAACAAUGGACUUGCAGUUGAGAAGAAGAUCAUGACAUCCACUGUCGAUAUGAAAGAUGAAUCUAGAGGGCGUCCAGUCCAAAAGGCUAAGAUUGAGAUACUGCUGGGCAAGACAGAAAACUUUGAUGAGUUAAUGGCCGCUGCGGCUGAGGAGAGAGAAGCAGCUGGGAAUGGUGAGGAGCAGAGUUGAAGUUAGAGACUGAACUGGCGUGAUCAUAUCUGGUUUUUUCAGUUUGUGAGGUGCCUGGUGGUAGAUUAUAGUAUCUUCAAGUCUAUUGUAGAAACAAAACACUUCCGUUUUCUUAUCUUUAGCAUCCCAAUUCGCUGUUGAAAAUUUGUUCCGUUUUUUAGAAGGGUAAAAAUUUGUUUCUUCUCCUCAUAGUUCCCAGUAAUAGUUGACUACCACAGAAUUGAAAAUCUACGGAGUACCUCCUUAAUGAGUGGUCUACACUUCCACACUUCCCAUAA